AUGGCCAACGAACAGAUAUCGCUGCCAUACCUGGCAGGCAUUCUACUCAUAUCGGGGCUCAUAAUACGAUAUUUAUUCUUUUCGGGAACGCAGGCGUCCCGGCCGGCUCGGUCGCCAGAGGAUAUACGGAGGUCACGAGAGGCGGCGGUAGAGCGGAUCCAGCAAAUGUUUCCCCAGGCGGACAGACGGAGUAUCUUGUGGGAUUUGCAGCGCAACGGGGGUAGUAUCCAGAGUACCACGGAACGCAUCUUGUCUGGACGACUGGAAACUCCCCCUAUUACGUUCCAACCUCCUCCUCCCCCGGGCCAACCGGCUGGAGCAAGCACCGCUUCUGCGACGAGACAGGCCGACAAGCCCUCACAGCCGGACCUAAUAACACGAUAUAACUUAAAGAGCAAGAUUACUGAUGCAGCGCAUGACGAGGAGGCAAAGAGUAAGGGUUGGAGUUCGAAUCGGGAUGAGCGCCAGGCGUCGUUGCAGAAGAGGCGGGAUGAGAUGAUUUUGGCGGCGAGGCGGAAGAUGGAGGCUAAGAUUGCGGCGGAGAAGGCUGGUCAAGAAGGGUGA